GAAAGAAGUGCCAUACAUACUCACUUCUUUAGUCAGGUAUUCGAGCCACUGGAUACAGAAUGGUUGGGGGUAGCUCACAAAGACAAAGAACGACCAGUACAGAUAAGGCCCUCAUGUUGCCGAAGGUAUUACGGAAACCUGGUCCACUGCUGGAGGUCACAAUGACUAGAUUUACGUAGCCUAUGCCCUCGAAAUUCCGGGCAACAAUAAAUUACGGCAAUGGACCUUUCUACAUGGUCACAUCGUCGACAUGUCACUGCCUAGGCCUAAGCUUUGAGUCUGUCGUGGAAUCGUUCAUGAUAGGCAACAUCGUGGUUGACGAGGACGAGCAAGCAGCUUGGGCCUGCUUGGGCUUGUUCUUACUAGAAUUAGUAGAGAUAACCUUAACUUGGUAAGUAAAUAAUAGUAAAUUACAGCCAUAGAUAUUUCUCAUUUACGACUGACAUGUACAUUCAACUUAAACUCAUCCACAACAUUCCUAUCCUUUGUAAAUCUUUCGGGAGUACUCUUGCAGUCGGAGGUAGAACGUAUCAUCUGGUCUGUAGCUCUAGUCAUAACUUCUCUUGCUGCAGGGCAUCCAAGCGACAGGAGCGACCAUUUCAACCUUAGAAGCCUAUACACCAUCUGUUGGCCCUUCUGCUAAUGACCGAGCCAAAUACGAGUGGAGACUUACCGAAACGCAUAUUUGGGCAUCGACAAACUGCUCUUGAUGAUGACGGAUUGCCUCCCCAGAUGUCACGAAGAUCUUCAGUACCCGCAGGGACCUCCAUGUCUCGCGGCCAUAGACCAAGUUUCCUCAAUAGAUGGCAGAAUACAGGUGGGGAGGACGGUGAUGGGUUAGACUCGCCAAAGCCUCCAAUACCAAGUGCACUUCAGCCACCGCCCGAAGUGUACGCGACUCCCUUGCCCAUGUUGUCUAUGAUUGUUUUGUCAAUAACUAUGCUUGGCGAGUUCCUAUCGGCCAAUGUUUCUGCACCAUUCCUGUUAUUCAUGGUGGAAGGAUUCAAUCAGUUUUCGGAUGAGGCUGAUGUCGGAUACUGGACCGGUAUCCUCGCAUCAACAUUCUUUCUUACGCAAUUCCUCACUUCUCUGCUCUGGGCUACUGUAGCUGCCAAGCAUGGUGCCAGAAUUGUCCUCUUUGUAUCCUUGCUGGGCAGUGCCAUUACCUGUUGCCUGUUCGGAACAUCUACAUCGCUCCGGGAGGCCAUGGUCAUCCGUUUGAUGCAGGGUGUGUUCGCUGGCGCGAUCGGUGUCGCUCGUGGUUCCGUUACUUCUGUGACAGACCAAAGUAAUGAAGGCAGAGCAUACGCCAUCCUUGGGUUCUGCUGGGGCUUCGGAGGUGUCUCCGGGGCAAUUGUAGGGGGAACCUUCGAGAACCCAGCGAAGAAAUGGCCUGGCGCAUUUGCCCAUGUACCGAUAUUCAUAAAGUAUCCGUAUUUGCUUCCAUGCGCAGUCGCUGCUUCCAUCACUUUCACAGGCUCUAUUCUCUGCUUGUUCCUUGGACCGGAUUGCGGUCCUCGUGAGGGUGCCAUCCGUUUGCCUGCAGAGAAAAUCGCAUCUACAACGAUACCCGAGGAAGAAUCAAGACCUACAACACCGGUUCCCUUUUCUGAUUCGCAAGAAGAGCGAGGGUUAGUGAAGAAGAUAUCCAGGAAGUUCUCGGGAAUCUUUGCCCGACGCGUCCUAGACGCACACAGAGACGAGGAAUCCACCCCACCUGUUGCUCUCGCUCCAACGCCAGCCAAAGCAAGGACAUUCUCAAGAACGAGUCGCGCUGAUGGAUCUGCAUAUGGGUACAGCGGCAGCUUUAGGAAUCGACUUGCCAGUAAUGUCAGUGCUCGUGCGCGAAGAGGAAGCAUGGCUUUUCGCAGAAGAGAUAGCAACGUCCAUGGUGGAGGCGAUGGUUAUGGGCUCUCAUCCAGCGUUGCUACUGGUAGCGAGCUGAACUUUGCCCAAAGACUACUCAUGGCAAAUGAGAACGCGGUUACGAAUAUCGCCGAUCUCUGGGUUGCAGCUGCUAUAAACGUCGACAAUGAGAACCCUUUCGAUUCGGAAGAUGAAAUGGAGGAUGAAGAUAACGUGCCGGAGGCUUGGACUGGCGAAGAACUCGAUGAGAGCGAUGUCUUUGGGGGACCCACCGCUGCUCGUGCAAACCGGUUUAGUCGACGAGAUUCUGUAGCCACUGUGCGGUCGGGGCGACCUUCCUUUGGUGGCUCGGGAUUGCGUCCCCCAUUAGGUUCACCACGACGACUGUCAACCUCUCAACGCCGCGUCCCAUCCGUUCGCCAUGUCUCUUCUGCAUUAUCCGUUGGUGACGAUCUUCCAUCACUUCAUCGUCGUCCUUCCGUCACAGUUCCACCAAUCUUCUCCCAUGUCGGUGUUCGGACUCCGCCUGCGGUUUUGGAGGCCCAGCAGUUGCUCGAUAUGGCCGAUGAGGAAGAGGGCGGGGAAGGUCUUGCUCCAAUUCAAGAAUCUAGACCGCUCACUCAAACAUCUGAAACGAGUGACGUGUUUUUGGAGAAAGAACCUUCAUUGAUGUCCCAGUUACCACUACUGGUGAUCAUUCAGUAUGGUUUGUUGGCUCUGCACUCGACGACUCAUGAUCAAGUGUUCUAUCUUUAUCUCGUAUCGAAAUAUCCGUCUGGCGGUCUCAAUUUAAAUGCUGGACACUUCUCUCAACUUAUUGCCCUAAUGUGCCUCGCCCAGAUUGUAUACCAGUUCUACUUCUACCCUAAUAUUGGACCACCUAGAGGCCGAUUCUCUCAUCUAUCCAUGUUCCGCAUCGGUUCCCUACUAUUCAUACCCUCCUAUCUGACUGUCACGAUGUAUCGAGUUUUCGCAAGUGCCUCCGACGAUGGAAAUCUCAUCCUCAUGGCUUCACUGGCCGUCAGCACUGCUGUCAGGUUCUGCGGCUCUACGUUUUCCUAUACUGCGAUCUCCGUCCUACUCAACUACAUGUCACCUCCCCACGUCGUUGGAUAUGCCAACGGUAUUGCACAAAGUAUCGUCAGUUUGGCACGGUUCUUUGGUCCUAUUCUUGGCGGUCUGCUCUGGUCUACCAGUGUACAGGACAACCCCAGUGGGUACGCUGUUGGAUUUUUCGUCUGUUCGGGGGCAUGUGCCCUCGCUGUAGCCCAUAGUUUCUUCAUCCGAUGAAUUCACAAUAUCCACGACCUUUGUUCUUGUUCUAAUACUCUUUUGUAUUGGCUUGUGAUAGUAAUGUAAUAAGACCCGGACCUGUUUUGUAUACCGUAAAUACCAUGUUCACGUUGGGAGAUGCUGCAACACUGCCUUGGAGCAAGAUAAUAACAUUGAACAAUAAGGUACAACGAAU